AUGAACAAGACAGAUGUGUCCCCUGCCAAAAUCAAGCAGAAAAGAGUUUCUAAGUACAAAUUCGAGCGGGCCACUCCAGCUACUUCUCUUGUCCCUAAAAUCGCCCGAGGCGACCACAGUUUUCUAGGCUGCGCCGCGUCAGGCUGUGCGCCCAGGACGCAGUGCGAGCGGAAUCGCGAGCCGCCUCCGGGCGGGCUGGGCAGGCUGCGCGCUGGACAGCACCCCGGCCUGGCGCUGCCUGUGCACAGCUCAGCGCGCGGCGCUGUGUGGCAGAACUUCUCGCAUCUGGCGGGUGGACUUAGGUUUCCAAGUACCUUGCCUGAUGCCUUAUUAUUUGUUCUAUCAGGUUUUUUCAGGAAGAUCUUCAUCUUGCAACUGGUAGAGCUGGUGCUAACUUACAACUUCACCGGAUGCGACUUUAGUAACAUUACACAGAAAUAUGAUAAAGUCAUCUAUCCAAAGCUAAAGGAAUAUACAAAUGAGGUAGGUACAGACUUUUUAAAAAACAAAUGUAUUGUCAUUGAAAGAGUAGGCACACAUGCACGUGCACACACACACAUACACACUCACAGUACGAUUUAUCUUUUAAGGAAAGGGACAUACUUUGGAAAAAAUCAUGACCCCUCAUUUUGUCAAGAUUUUUUUACAAGUAAUAUCAAAAUAUUAUUUACCAAAAAGCCCAUCGACCACAAGCACUGUAAAAGCCAGAGGAAAUCCCUUGGGGGAUGGAGCGGGAUUCCGGAAGAGGCUGCCUCCCGGGAGGAAGGACAAAUAGGGAACCGGGACCUGGAAACGACGUCAGGGGAACCACCUCCCGGGGUGUGGCGCCUCCGCGCCGGGCACCACCCCUCGACAGCCGGCUGGGCCCUGAGAACUUGGGCGGAGCAAGCGUCCGUGGCCGCCUCUCCACGACCUCUCCCUUUCCUCUUACCUUUCUUUUGUCUCUGGCACUUCUUCUAUCACCCCCGCUACCCCUUUCACUCAAUUUUUGAUUUCUCUCUCUUUUUUCUUUCUCCUCACCCACUGGUGUUUUCUUCUUUUCGGGUAAACUUUGCCGCCGGCCGUGAGCAGUCAGAGUGUCUCGCUGAAAUCGUGCGCCGCACCUUCAGUCCCGAGCCCGGCUGCGCGUCACUUGCCAAGAAAGCCUUCGCUGUUGUAACUGAAGCUGUCCUGACUCGGUGGUGCCCAUACUACUCCAGAAGUCAGGUAAAUAAUACCCAGACAAUGAAGGAGAGAAAGAAAAGAGAAGUCACAACGAGUAGAUGCCAGAAAAAAAUUUUACAGCUAAUAGCAUUGUGGCGCCGUUUCAGCCGACUUUUGUAGAAACAAAACAAAUCCUAUUUCACAGCAGUAAAAUAA